AUGUGGCAAGUGUUGAUUCUCUGUGUCUUCAUCGCGCGCGCGGCAGCGGCAGCUCUGCCGGUGCAAAGGGUGGUCGGCGGCGGCGAGGCCAUUCCCCACAUGGCGCCCUACGUGGUCUCCCUGCAAGUGCAGAGCUCCGCCACUGCGCUGCACUUCUGCGGCGGCGUCAUUGUGUCGCCCAAUUGGAUCCUUACGGCGGCGCACUGUAUCACAGAGUCGCCGCACACGGGCACAAUCCUGGCCGUGGCCGGGAAGCACAAUCUGGAGCAGCGCGAGGAGGGCGAGCAGACGCGAAGGGUGGUGCGAACGGUGACACAUCAGCUCUUCACCGGCGGCAUUGCGCCAUUCGAUCUGGCCAUGCUGCACCUGGAAUAUCCCCUGCAACUCUCCGCCACGGUCAGUGUGGCGCAGCUGCCGGCGCCAGGAGAAGUCUUCCGCGGCGACGCCGAGAUCUUCGGCUGGGGCAGCACAGCCAGUGACUUGUCCUCCAGCUUUCCCGCCAAACUGCAGCGCGCCACGCUGCCGCUGCUGGCCUGGGACGAGUGCCAGGCCAUCAUGGGCGGUCCGGACGCCACGCCGCUGCACAGCACCAACAUCUGCACAGGACCACUCGAUGGCGGCCUGUCGGCGUGUCACGGCGACUCGGGAAGCGCCCUCGUGCACAUCGACCACUCCAGCGGCGCACACACGCUGAUGGGCAUCGUCUCCUGGGGCUUCUUCCCCUGCGGCGCCCCAAGGAGCCCCUCCAUCUACAGCGACGUGGCGCAGUUCAUCGACUGGAUCCACAGAGUGGAGCUGAUCCAGUGA